GGGUUUUCAUGGCAGCUGCACAGAUAAAACAGGAUCUGAAGUGCUGCUGGAUGGUGAAGGUCAUCGUGAGGGCUGAGCUGCGAUAGGAUUAUGCACACUGACCCAGAUCUGAUCGGACUGUCCACACCGCCGGAGUUCUACAGAGAGUGUUCCGGGUCUGGAGAUCAGAUCUCAUUGUUCCAGAGCUCAACAGAUGUGUCCAGAGGGAAUGGAGGACACUUGUAUCAGUCAGUGAUCAAAGACUGAAACAGAGAUGAGCAGGUGGCAGACUCCAACAGCAGACCUGCAGGCCCCCCAGUGGUCAGACCUGGUGGAUGCAGGACGAGCAUCUCCAUCCUCUCUAGUGAAUCUCUCGCCCCUGAGAGCAUUUUCAAGGCCUAUUUCUGUGGGUCAAGGUAGUUUCUAUGGUAACAGAUGUGUCAGUAUGGGGGGGUCUGUGGUCAGACCUGCAGACGUCCGUGAAAGCAGCAAAACUUCAUUCUGAGAACCUGGAUUGACACAACUGUGGCUUAAUCCCAUUGUGCUGUGUGCAGCCCUGGUGAGGGAGGGAGGGGGGGGACGCACAGAUGGGACAGACUGUCCAAGUUGACCUCAUCCUCCCCCCUCCCCUCACAGUCUCUAUGCCUAAUCUGAGUGAAACAGGGGGAGGGAUGAAGCGCCACCUCUCCCUCUCUUCUGGCAGCGCCCGACAGCGAAGGACUGUCCCCCACCAGGCCGACUGAGAGCAGCUGAACUGGGGCUCAUGCUGGGGGGGCUCGGCUGUGGGAAGCCUUCACUGAAUCCGGGGGGACUACCUGCUUUCCUGAGCGUUCUGACGGGACUGGGAGUGCUGCUGUGAGGAUGGCGUGUUUGCACAAACUCUGAGGCAAAAGCUGAAGGUUCAUGGCCAAAUGUAGAGCCGUGCUGGCCGAGGAGAAGCACUGCGGGGGGGGCGCCAUGUCCGCCACGCAGGAGAUGAGCCGCACCAGCGUCUACAGCUACUUCCUGAACAUGGUGGCCUAUCAGAUAUGCUGCUGCUGUGGGCCGGCCCCCUGCUCGCUCUGCUGUGCCUUCUGCCCCCCGGUCAAGUCCUCCACCAGCACGCGGGUCAUGUACACGCUCUUCCAUAUCAUGAGCUGCGCCGUCUCCUGCCUGAUGCUGUCGCGCACCGUCUCUGAGCUGGUCAGGGAAAAUGUGCCUUUCUUCAACGUGGUGUGCGACCAGGCGCACGGAGGGGGCCACUGUGAGAUGCUGGUGGGCUACUCGGCGGUGUACAGGGUCUGCUUCGGCACAUCCUGCUUCUACUUGAUGAUGGCCAUCUUCCUCAUCGACGUGAAGUCCAGUCAGGACUUCAGAGCCCUCAUUCACAACGGCUUCUGGUUCCUGAAGUUCAUCACGCUGCUGGGCAUGUGCACGGCCGCCUUCUUCAUCCCCACAGAGUCCUUCCUGCACGCUUGGCAUUAUGUUGGUGUGGUGGGGGGGUUUGCCUUCAUCCUGAUCCAACUCAUCCUCAUCACAGCUUUCGCUCACACAUGGAACAAGAACUGGUUGACUGGAGCUGCAGAGAACAAGCGCUGGUACCUGGCUGUGAUGUGCGCCACCCUCUUCUUCUACACGAUUGCGACCAUGGCCUUCACCUUCAUGUAUAAGUACUACACGCAUCCCAUCGCCUGCCACUUCAACAAGGUCCUGCUGUGGGUCAACCUGGGGCUGUGCGGCCUCAUGUCCUUCAUCGCUGUGACACCAUGCGUGAAGCAGAAACAGCCUCGCUCUGGUCUCCUUCAGGCCUCCAUCAUCAGCUGUUAUGUCAUGUAUUUGACUUUUUCUGCUCUCUCCAGCCGUCCUCCAGAAAAAGUGCUCCAUCAGGGCAGGAACAUGACCGUCUGCUAUCCCAACGUGGGACAGGACGGCAUCCAGAACGAAGGCAACGCGGUGGCCAUCAUCGGAGCCUUCAUCAUGUACUGCUGCGUCCUGUUUGCUUGCAACGAGGCCUCCUACCUGGCGGAGGUGUUCGGGCCCUUCUGGAUGAUAAAGGUUUACCGAUAUGAGUUCCAGAAAGCAACCUGCUGCUUCUGCUGCCCUGAAGAAGACACAGCUGAAGAGGAGUUUGUUGUUGAUGACGAGGACAAAGGCUGUCAGAAGGUCAUUCAUAACGAGACGCAGAGAGUGGCCUACAGUUACUUCUUCUUUCAUUUUGUGUUCUUUCUGGCCUCGCUCUACGUCAUGAUGACCCUUACAAACUGGUUCAGCUACGAGUCUGCAGUGCUAGAGACCACCUUCACACACGGCAGCUGGUCUACCUUCUGGGUAAAGAUGUCUUCCUGUUGGGCCUGCGUGGCCCUGUACCUGUGGCUGCUGCUGGGCCCUCUGUGCAGCUGUCAAAACGAGUCCAGACCCAGACGAUCGCGCAUCAAACGCCGCCCAGCGUCCUCCCGCCAUGUUAGCGUCACCGUCUGAUGCUGAAGAUGAUCGGGAAGCAAACCUUGUGUUGAAAGGCCUCUGAGCCCCCCCGCAUGAGGUGGUGGGCCAAAGACUCCCAACGUGAGAGAAAAGCAGCAGAACUGGUCCUGAAGAGGCCGGUCUCCUGGAAAAGGAGAGGACUGUGGUUCAGAAGUAUUCAGGAGUUGCUUCUGGAGAACAAGAAGAACUCGUCUGAUUGUUUACUGUUUCUUGGUGUUUUUAUUUUUGCUGAAUGUAGACUUAAGAGGGGCUUUGUGUUGAGAUGAUUCUGCAGAGGAGCACCUUUAUUUAUGACCUCCCAGCAUCAACAAACCCUUCAGAACUGCCAGAAAUGAUGGAUAAAAGUUUGCUUAGAUUCAUCCCACCCCAACUCUGCUUGCUGACAUUUUUGUCCUUUCAUCUGGUGGGGGGUGGGGGGCUUGAUCCCACCAGAAGUGAGAAAGCUGCCAUAAAGUGAGCAGUAGAAACCCUGACGAAGCUCAGGAAGCUGAGGGUCCUUCCUGGGUCAGAGAAGCCCUGGAGCAUUCAGGGAGUCCAACACCUCGACAUUUAGAUAUAAAACAGUUCAAAGGAAAAAUCUCAAGUGUUUUCCUUACAUGAAAAUGAUUGAUUUGAACGUUAUGACCCUGAGCUGCACAGAAGUGCUCUUCAGAGACCUGAAACAAGAACAGAAAUGACAGACUUUCUGUGAACAGUCAUGGUCUGCUGCUGGACGGGUGUCCCCUGAGUCCUGGCAGGACCGGUUCUGGAGGAGCCGUCAUUGCUCUUUUGUGUGAUUUUAACGCUUACUGUUGCCUUCCCCCCCAGAGAAACUGAGCAGCCCCCAGUGAUGACGUUUCCUGUUUGACAUCAAAUGUUUUUUAAGACUGCUUCCUGCAGCUCCAUCAUAAAGGCGUUUGCACUCUU